AUGGCUGCUAAAAUGUCUACCCAAGGCCCAUUGGCUCUCGCUGUUGUCGAUGCCCGCAACCCGGCCAGCGUAGCUAUGCCUGUCCGAGCCUUCUUCCUACACCCGAAGCAGACGGGGAUCCAUUGCAUCCUGAAUACCAGCCCUGUGGACUUCAGCGUUCGGCCAUAUGGCAGCAAACAUGCUACGGUUGAGCAUAUUGUGGGCCGUGAUAAGGCGCGCACGCCGUUGAAGGAGACGCCAUCCUGGAUUGACACCAUUCCCGAUGAACUGAAGCCAUUUUUCGAGCGUGACAAGGGAUGCGACGACUCAGAGGUCAGAGAGGAUACCAUCCUUGCUAUGCAGGCUACCGCGGUGACUCUCACCUCCAUUCUCAACGAGGCCACCCACGACUAUCAAGAUUGUAUGUUCUAUAUGAACAAGGAGUCUAUUGGAGACGUAUUACUCGACGAACGCCAUGCAUACAGAACCUACAACUUUAUCUGGAGACUUAACGAUGAUGAGCUCGCGGAAUACAAGAGAUUUAUUGACGCCCCUACUACCGGAGACGUACUCCGGGGCCAGAUACGCAAACUCUGUCAGCAGUAUAUCCAGCGAAUGUUUGACGAAGUUUACAUCGAUGGUCUAGACGAUAUGCUAUCAGAUAUUAAAAUGCUCGACAGUCACCUAGGGAAGAACCACAGCUGCGUCAUCGCUCUAGCCGGGGCCCCUUUAACCGAGGCACUCCCUCAUGUUGAAACGCUCCGCACUGCUCAAUUAUUUAUGCAAUACAACAUGAUUGAUGCGGAAACCAAAGAGCAGGUGGCCAUGGACCUUCGCAACGAUGUUGAAGAAGAGCACCUUCCUCAUCAAGUGUUGGUAAUGGGUAGUGCCAAGAAUUCAUGGCUCGAGCUCACGGACGACGAGCUGAACGACUUGUUCACCAAAUCUCCCCAACUCCGGGACUAUUUCCGGCACCAUAAACAGGAGUCUCGCGAAGAUGGGGGCUAUUGGGUGCAUGAGGUGGUCAUGGCCGUGGCGGCAGAGGCUACGGCAAAGGGCACAGAUCUUCAAUCAACAGCGUCAAAGAUGUACAUCAUCGUGGAUGCGGAUGAAAUGUUAGCUCUGAUGUCCGAGAAUGGCGAGGCCGGGCCAAGCUCAGGAUAUCCUUCUUUAAGCGACGAGCAGAAACAGGACGUGAGGCUUAAGUUGCUUCAAUCCAUGAAGACGUCUCCCCCGGGCCAGCUUGUAUGGUGGCAGUGA